AUGGGGAUAAGAGUGGCUGUGCUUUUGCUUGUUGUUUCUGUCAGUCUGACUGAAGCAGCAGGAUGUAUACCUACAACGAGUCUGCGGUGUUACAAAAAUUCUACUUUUCUGGAAGAGGACUUUAUUUGUAAAUGGGAUAAGAGAAACCCUAAGGAGAAUCAGACACACACUCUUUUUAUAUGGGACAGUGAAAAGAAAAGGUUUAUUAUGAGUGCGAACUCUGGCGAUCAUUCAGAGAGAUAUAUAUUCUUGGAGGAACUAGGAAUCACAACAAGAAAGACGGACAUAUGGGUCCAAACACAAGUGGGCAAUCUCACCUGCAAUUCUAGCAAAAUCUCAGUCAUCCUUGAAUGCUUGGUCAAAUACAGUGCACCUCAGAUUACCAGAAUAAAAAGGUCUGCUGGAAUCCUGUCUCUCAAACUGGACAAACCAAAGGAUUACAAAAGUGUUAAAUACGAGAUCAGAUGGAGGGAGAGAGGCUCCGAAUGGCAGAAUGCGACAUUUGAAACUGAGGACAGCACUAGCCAAGAUUCCUACAAGCUACAUCUACAGAAACAGACGAUCUACCAAAUCCAACUGAGGCGACAGGCCAAACUUCAGCCACGUAUAUGUAAAGACUCACUACAAACUCUCUGGAGUGACUGGAGCCCAGUGGUGGAUGUUCCCUUAGAAAUCCGGCUCCCACUUGUAAUAUGCUGGUUAGAAAAAAAAUGGACGAGUGGGACCAGGCAUAUUAAUCUCACCUGGGAUGAACCAUCUGCUGAACAGUCUGUUGGGGGUGUAGAGUACAAGCUGAAUGUCAUAGUUUGGCCUUGUGAAAAACCCAAGAGAAAGGAAAAGCUAACUUUGAAUCAAACCUUUAAAACCUCAAUAACAUAUUCAGAGGCCAGGAUUUCCAUUAUUGCAACUAACAAGGUUGGAAGUUCACCUCCACUGGAGAUCGUCAUUCCCGCUGUGAAACAUCUGAGCAAUUGUGACAAGCCCUCGAAUAUCACCCAGGAUUAUCAAACCUGCUUAGAAUGGUACAAGCUGGAAAACGGUGAGACCGGAACCAGUACAGUAAACAGCUCAGGCAAAAAAUCAUUCAAGGACAUUGAAAAAGGGGUGGAGAAGUUUGAACGUCAUUAUUACUUUCUUCAUACCAUGAGAAACAAACAUCUUCAUACUGUUGAUAUGUGUCCUUUUUACUCAGAACAGGGAGCACCUAUUAAAGGUCCAGGGAAUGUGAAUAUUUCUAAUGUGACGCAUGAAUCAGCCGUGGUCCGUUGGCUUUCCAUUCCUGUGGCGGAGCAGCGAGGAUUUCUACUGCAUUAUCUCAUUUGGAUUUCAGGACAGGGAAACACGACAUUUCAUGAAGUCCAAGCAAAUGAAACCAGCUUCAAGAUCAAGAACCUCCACCCAGGGGCCUCUUACACCGUUUCUAUAGCCGGAGAAACAAUGGCUGGUAAAGGGCCGAACUCAACGGUGAACUUUGAAACACACUCAGAAGAAAUGGGCUUAUCAUGGCAGGACCAGACCAUCCUGAGCGUCUGUGUGGUUGCCCUCUUGUGUACUAUAAUCUGCUCUGUUGCUGUCAGGAGGUGAGAUUAUCACAGAUGAACUGACUGACCACCAAGAUAUGCUAUUGUGUUAUAUUGUACAUAACCUGUAGCUUUAUUGGUAGAG